AUGUUUAGCCUUACAAACUCCCAAUAAUAAAAUUAUGGUUUAAACUCAGAAUAGUAAAAUCCAUAUUUAUAUCUAACUAAAGAAUAGUUUAGUUUUUCUUUUUACUUUCUUAAUUUAAAAAAUAUUACUAAGGGUAUUAAAAUCCAAAAUAUUAAAGCACAAAUUGAAAAUGGAAUAGAAAAAUCUAGAUAAGAACUAUCACUGCAUUAUAUUAGUAAAUCUACAACUUAAUAACUACUAGAGCCAAUCGUACGACAACUAAGAGAUUUUGUGAAAAAUAUGAUUUAGCUAGGCUAGAAGAAAACAAAUAAGAAAUUCAGCAAAGUAUAUAUAUGA